AUGAGAAUCAAUGCAGUUCUACUUGUGUGGAGUAUCUUUCUUCAAGCCAAAGUGGCCUUAUGUGGAAAGAUGAUGGGCUUCCGGCAGAAUGCUGAAGCUUUGGAAAAGUCAAAGCAUCUGAGAGUAUUGAUUCUCAAAUUUAAGGCUGAUGCCUUCGUUGAUUCAAACACCACCUAUGCCGAAGUUGGUGGUGUGAAAGUAGUGAAUCCAAAUGGAACAUGCUUGAGUUGUGACUCUCAGGCAGUUUGCUCCUCUCCAGACGAGCCUGAAGUCAAGGGAGACUCAGUGCAGAAAGCCUGCCGUGGUGAAAGAUGGAGUUGGAAGGUAUCACCUUCUUCUAAGUUCGACAUCAUGAUCCAGUUUCCGCUGUCCAAGCUGAAAGAAAGAGCAGAUUUUGGUGUUGUGGUCACCAGCGCUGUUGACUCAUCAGGCCAAAAUUCUGCACAGCAGCAAGCACGGCAAGUACGAAAUUGGGUGCUAACCACUGUAUUGGGCACCCAAGACACGUCGACUGGAACAUGGCUUCGAUCAGCUUGGUCCAAGGUGGCAGUGAACCUCAAUGGAGACUUCCGCUCCGUGGUCACAGGCACUCAGGGUGCGGUCCUGACCAAGGAUGAAUCCUUUGGCAAGGAGCUUUUUGCAGAGCAUUGUCUUCGUCCCGAAAACAUCACCAACUACCUUGUGACCGAGCUGUCUCUGAUGAAGGGCGAGCUGGAUGUCCCUGUCAAGUGCAAAGCAGCUUUUAAAGGAAAGCCCAAAGUCACUGAAUGUGAGGAGGACUUGACCCCAUACAAGCUCUCUGGUUGCGCAGCAGAAUUUUGCACUUCUCCACCGGCUUCACCGGCUUACAUAGUGUCCGAGAACAGCUUGGCAAAAGGCGAUUUCAUGGUGGAGGUUGCGUGCAAGAAGCCUUACUUUGGUGAGCCGGAAGCAACAGUGUGCGCAGGGGAUGGCAAACCAUACGAACUGUCUGGCUGCGAGCUCACGACAACCACCAUCACCACUACAACGACCACAACUAGCACGACCACCCUGACGACCACUUCUACUUCAACCUCCACAACAGAGACCAGCACGACCACUACAACAAGCACCUCAACCACGACAGAGACGACAACGACAACUUCCACCACUGAAACUAUCACCACUACAACAACAACCACCAGUACAUCAACCUCCACCACCACAGCCACAACUACAACAACAAUUGUAGUGUGUUCAGAGACGGAGGACAAAGCAUACAAGCUGACUGUCACAAGUUUGGAGGUGCCAACAUUUGCUGUUGCAGCUUCAUGCGCUGAUGGCUAUGAAGGCGAUGCGAAUGUAGAGGCCUGUGAAAAAGAAAAUGAACCUUUCAAGCUCACUGGAUGCAAAGAGAUCGUAUGCCAAACGCCUUCCGAUACCUCUGGGUAUGUGUUGACAGAAACCAGCGCAGCCGCCAGUGACUUUAAGAUUUCUGCACAGUGUGCACCGCUUUUUCAUGGGAAUGCAACUGCUGUGAUGUGUGCCACAAGUCGUGAGACGUAUGAGCUGAAAGGCUGUUUAGCCGAUGAAUGCAGCUCUCCGGACGACAGUACAGGGUAUGCAUUGACGGAACACAAUCUGAGUUUGAAAGGCUUCGAUGUGCAAGCGAAUUGUGCCGACGGCUACACAGGAGUUGCGCAGGUUCGGAAGUGCACCAAAGAUGCCGAAGCCUAUAUCGUGGAGGGCUGUGAGAGCACCACCACAUCCACAACCACAACUACCGAAACAGAGACAUCCACCACCACCACGACAGUCACGGAAACAAUAACUGUGACAACUACCACCACAGAGACAAUCACAACAACUACAACCAGCACAGAGACAAUCACAACAACUACAACCAGCACAGAGACAUCCACAACAACAUCUUCAACCAUUACAGUCACAGAAACAUCAACCACAACGACGACAAUUACCUCGACCGAGACCAGCACGACAACGCUAACUUCAACGGAGACCACUACAGAAACCAGCACAUCUACAUCCACAAGUACAUCAACGACCACUACCACAUCUACAACAACAAUUACAGAGACCACCACCAGCACAACCUCAACCACAAGCACCUCUACUGUCACAUCAACUUCCACCACGACAACUUCAACAAGCACCACCACUAUUACAGAAACGGAAACCUCCACCACUACUAGCACAACCAGCACAACUCAAACAAGUACAUCCACGAUGACAACCACAUCAACGCUGACCACUACUACAACCACCACAUCAACGUCGACACUGACCACCACCAGCACAACAUCAACAUCGACAGUCACAAGCACUACAACUACAUCCACAACCACAGCCACCAGCACCACCACGACGUCCACGACAACAACACCACAACAACAUCAACAUCUACAAUUACCAGCACAACCACAACCACAACAUCCACCACCACAAGUACCACUGCUACAACGACAUCCACAACGACUGCGACUACGACGACCAUCACCACUACAGAAACCAGCACUACCACCACAAGCACAUCGACAGUCACCUCCACUACUACGACCUCCACUAGCACCGUCACCACGACAACAUCAACAUCUACAACAACAAUCCAGGCAGUUUGCAUCGCCCCAGACAGCACUGUGGGCCUGCAAGGCUGCAGCAAGCAGAAGCAUAGCGCCAGAUGAUGCGACAGGUCAGCGCCCAAUGUGCGCCUGGCUAUGCUGCGAACUCAGUCUAUUGUCUCAAGUACAAGCCUACGAUAUCCUACGAUUGGCCCUGAAAUCCUCCGCAUUGACUCCAAGGUGUCACUUCAUUGAACUGCGGUUGAGAGUUGUGGCUGUGCUGCGCUGCGGCGUGGCCAGCUGCAACGCGGCUGCAGGUGUGUCAAGUUGUGGCUGUGCUGCGCUGCGGCGUGGCCAGCUGCAACGCGGCUGCACAGGUGUGACUUCGCUGAGCUGCGGUUGCCAGUUGUGGCUGUGCUGUGCUGCAGCAUGGCCAGCUGCAACUGUGCUGCAGGUGUCACUUCACAACUGUGCUGCAGGUGUCAAGUUGUGGCUGUGCUGCGCUGCGGCGUGGCCAGCUGCAACGCGGCUGCACAGGUGUGACUUCGCUGAACUGUGGUUGCCAGUUGUGGCUGUGCUGUGCUGCGGCAUGGCCAGCUGCAACUGUGCUGCAGGUGUCACUUCAUUGAACUGCGGUUGCGAGUUGUGGCUGUGCUGCGCUGCGGCGUGGCCAGCUGCAACUGUGCUGCAGGUGUCACUUCACAACUGUGCUGCAGGUGUCAAGUUGUGGCUGUGCUGCGCUGCGGCGUGGCCAGCUGCAACGCGGCUGCACAGGUGUGACUUCGCUGAACUGCGGUUGCCAGUUGUGGCUGUGCCAGUUGUGGCUGUGCUGCGCUGCGGCGUGGUCAGCUGCAACGCGGCUGCCCGGUCUGACUUCGCUGAAAUGCUGUUGCCAGUUGUGGCUGUGCUGUGCUGCGGCCUGAACAUUACACCUCUUCUUUGCAACCAUCUUGACUCCUUCCCUGUGGAUGAGACCAAAAAGAACGCAGCGAAGGCUGUGAAGCCUGCAGAGGACUCGAGGAGGAAGCAGUCACCGGAGACGCGAAGGUGUGUUACAAGGACACCACCAGAACCACCAGCACCAAGAUCUCUGAAGAGGUUGAUAGGUGAUGCGGUGAAGGAAGCGCUCUCAGCGCACUCAGCACCGCCACCGCCGCCACCACCGCCUCCGCUUGAGAUGCCAACUCGCGGCAACGCUGUAGCAUCCAUCAUCUGCCGGUUGCACAACGAGAAAUCAUGUCGUCCGUAUGCGCCACCAGCGCAGCCCCAAAUGGCACCGCAACCUCAGCUCGGCCAAAUGCGCCCGGGAACGGGCAGCAUGCAGCUUGGGCAUCGCCCUUCAGGCUCCAGUCUUGGCACUUUUGAGCCUCUGUCGCCUACACAAGCAGGUUCAAGGACGAUGCCAGUCUCCGGCCCUUCCGGAGCUCGAGAGCAGGCUCUGCAACAGCGAGUCACUGACCUCGAGGAGCUCCUGAAGAGCAAAGACCAGGAGAUCAAGGAACUUCAGGGUGCGUUGUCAAAGGCCGGAAUAAAGCUUCCAUCGACAUCUCUGAAAAAGGCCAAAGCGCGAGAAAAGGUUGGGAGCGGUGGAUUCCGCAAAGUUUCUCAAUCUCAACCGUCGGUGCCUUAUGAAGCCUUGGACCAGGAGGAUCCAAUUGACCUUCGCUUGGAGGAGUUCUACAAUGGGACAGGUUCAGCCAUUCCUUUUCAAAGGAUCAAUCGUGGUUUCUACCGAUUCGGAGAGACGAUUCUGGAGCUCAACAUCAUCAAUCACAAGCUAAUGGCAAAAACAGAAGAUGGCUGGAACCGAAGCAAAUUUGGGCCCAUUGAAAAGUUUCUGAUGUACUAUGAGAACAUUGAGAGGGAAAAGGCAGGAAUCCCUAUGGAAGCUUGA